GCUUUCCAAAGCUGGUCGGCAUCGUUGCAUCGCGGGCGCGAGGAGGAGGAAUACGGGGGGGAAAAAAAGAACAAUAAAAGAAAAGGCUCGCGGAUAAUAGAGCUCGUGAAGGUGCAUGCGCUAUCCUGAGCGACACAUCCAUACCCUAGAGAGUCACGGUUGCCGUGUACUCGUGCAUGUGUGGCUCGGGCCAGUAUAUGAGAGCCCGCGGCUCGGCUGAACUUGCAGAGAGGUUUGCACAGAGCGGAGGCAUGGGUCGAAGACGGAGUUUCGCCGUGGUGUGCCUUCAUCUCCUUUUACAGUAUUUAUGGAUUAAGGCGGCUGAAGCAUCGGGGUACUUCGAGUUGCAAGUCCUGUCUGUGCAGAAUAUCAACGGGGAACUUCAGAACGGCUUGUGCUGUGACGGCACGCGGAAUCCGGCGGAUAACAAAUGCACGAGGGAUGAAUGCGAUACAUAUUUCCGAGUGUGUCUUAAGGAAUAUCAGUCGAGGGUAUCUUCUGGUGGCCCCUGUAGCUUUGGUAGCGGAUCCACUCCUGUUAUCGGUGGGAAUAAUAUUUCGCCGAAGACCCUCGCCAAGAACGACAAAUCCCACAUUGUGCUGCCUUUCAACUUCGCGUGGCCGAGGUCGUACACAUUGAUCGUGGAGGCCUUGGACUUCAACAAUGACUCCAGCACUGGGAGCCCGAGUGGAGAGCUGAUUGACAAGGCAGUGCAGUCUGGGAUGAUGAACCCGGGUCAUCAGUGGCAGUCCCUGAGACACAACGGCGCGGUGGCAGGCUUCCACUACCAGAUCCGCGUCACCUGUGACGAGCACUACUACGGCUUCGGCUGCAACAAGUUCUGCCGCCCGCGCGACGAUUUCUUUGGCCACCACACCUGCGACGGCAACGGCAACAAGACCUGCCUGGAGGGCUGGGCCGGCCCAGAAUGCAACACUGCAAUCUGUAGGCAAGGCUGCAGUACUGAACAUGGGUCCUGUAAUGUACCUGGAGACUGCAAGUGCUUGUAUGGGUGGCAGGGCGAUUACUGUGAUCAGUGUAUUCCCCACCCAGGAUGUGUCCAUGGUACCUGCACUGAGCCUUGGCAGUGUCUCUGUGACACCAACUGGGGAGGACAGCUCUGCAAUAAGGACCUUAACACCUGUGGCACACUGCUGCCAUGUCUGAAUGGGGGCACCUGUAGUAACACAGGACCGGACAAGUACCACUGCGCCUGCCCUGAGGGUUACUCAGGCGAAAACUGCGAGAGAGCAGACAACGCCUGUCUCUCGGAGCCGUGCUUUAACAGGGGGAGCUGUGUGGAGAGCAGUCAGGGCUUCAGGUGCCAGUGCACUCCUGGCUGGACCGGCCCAUCCUGCAGCGUCAAUGAAGAUGACUGCAGUCCUAACCCAUGUAACCAUGCUGGCACAUGUGUGGAUCUUGUCAACAGCUUCAGGUGCAUCUGUCCUUCACAGUGGACUGGCAAGACCUGCCUCAUCGAUGCUAAUGAAUGUGCUGAGAACCCCUGCGUGAAUGCCCAUUCCUGCCGAAACCUGAUUGGUGGAUACUUCUGCGAGUGCCUUUCUGGUUGGACAGGACACAACUGUGACAUCAACAUUAACGACUGCCAAGGACAGUGCCUGAACGGCGGAUCUUGUAAGGACCUGGUAAAUGGCUACAGGUGUCUGUGCGCUCCGGGUUUUGUGGGUGACCACUGUGAGAGGGAUAUGGACGAGUGUGCCAGCCACCCCUGCCUCAACGGGGGCCGUUGCCAAGACGACGUCAAUGGCUUCCAGUGUCUCUGCCUGCCUGGUUUCUCUGGAAACCUCUGCCAAGUGCGUGACAGAAAACUGGACAUCGACUUCUGUGAGGGUGAUCCCUGUCAAAACGGAGCUCAGUGUUUCAACCUUGCGAUGGAAUAUUAUUGUAAAUGUCCUGAAGACUACGAGGGCAAAAACUGCUCCCAUCUCAAAGACCACUGCCGUACCACGCCGUGCCAAGUGAUUGACAGCUGCACGGUUGCCGUGGUUUCCAACAGCACCCCGGGAAACGUGCGUCUCAUUUCCUCCAACGUGUGCGGCCCGCACGGCCGCUGCCGUAGCCACGCCGGGGGCCAGUUUAGCUGCGAGUGUCAGGAGGGCUUCACCGGAACCUACUGCCACGAGAACAUUAACGACUGUGAGAGCAACCCGUGUCAGAACGGCGGGACGUGUAUUGAUAAAGUCAACGUAUACCGGUGCAUUUGCUCUGAUGGCUGGGAAGGACAGAACUGUGAAACCAAUAUCGAUGACUGCCGCACUAUCCCGUGCCGUGAUCGUGGCGUGUGCCGCGACCUGGUGAACGACUUCUACUGCGAGUGCAAAAAUGGCUGGAAGGGCAAGACCUGUCACUCACGCGAGAGCCAAUGCGACGAGGCCACCUGUAACAAUGGGGGGACGUGCUACGAUGAAGUAGACUCGUUCAAAUGCAUGUGCACGUCUGGAUGGGAGGGGACUACCUGUAAUAUAGCCAAAAACAGCAGCUGCCUCCCAAAUCCGUGUGAGAACGGAGCUACCUGCAUCGUCAACGGCGACGGCUUCACGUGUGUCUGCAAGGAGGGCUGGGAGGGGCAUACCUGCAGACAGAACUCGAAUGACUGUAACCCACACCCAUGCUACAACAGUGGGACCUGUGUGGAUGGGGAGAACUGGUACCGGUGUGAGUGUGCCGCGGGCUUUGCUGGACCUGACUGCCGCAUCAACAUUAACGAAUGCCAGGUGUCUCCGUGCGCAUUCGGCGCCACCUGCGUGGAUGAAAUAAAUGGCUACGUCUGUUUGUGUCCACCGGGCAGGACUGGAACCAGGUGCCAGGAAGUGACAGGUCGCCCGUGUACAGCUGGCGGCCGACUCGUAACCGACGGAACGAGGUGGGAUGAGGACUGCAACACCUGCCGCUGUAGCCAUGGCAGAGUUACCUGCACUAAGCUGUGGUGUGGUCCCAGGGCGUGCCGCGUGAUCGGGGCAGGGCGGGGGGAUUGCCCCGCCGGCCACUCGUGCAUCCCACUGCGUGAGGACCACUGUUUGGUCAGGCCAUGCCCCGCACAGGGCGAGUGCUGGUCAGGUCAAAGGGCACCCACCCGGCCCCAAUGUCACCCGGACAGCGACUGCGUCAACGUAACGUUCACCUUCAUCAAAGAUGCCAUGCAGCAGGGCAUAACGGUCGAGCAGGUGUGUCGGGAGCUCCGGAGUUUGGACAUGGUGAAGAACCUUUCCCUGGAGUACUCCAUCUCCAUCACCUGUGAACCCUCCUAUGACGCCGGCAACGAAAUCCACACCACAAUUGCAUCUGAUGCUACCGGCGGCGUGGGCCGCGCUCCCGGUAGAGAGAUCACGGACAUGAUCGUGGACGUGGUGAGCAAGCGUGGGAUUAACGGCACUGUCCUGAGCGCUGUCUCCGGGGUGCGUGUGCAGAGCAGGCCAACCACUGGACCCAACGAAUUCUUGGUGCCAGUGCUGGUUUCCAUGGUGACUGUGAUCUGGGUGCUGGCGCUGGCAUCUGCGUUGCUGUGGUGUGUACGGAGGCGCCGCAAACAAAAUACCAGCGCCACGGCGACCGCCCACGCCUCCCUAUCACCUGUGCCUGCCGCCGACGACAGCGUUGCCGCUAACAAUGCGCGCGAGCAGCUGAACCAAAUUAGGAACCACAUCGAGAAGAAUGCGACCAACGGGGUCGACAAGCUCCUCGGUGACGACAAGAACGCCGUCAGCGCCAAAAUCAGGACGCGCUUCCCGCCCGAGCUUGCCGGCCAGCCGGAGGACGACUCGGACACGGAAAAACGGCUUCACAAGGCCCGAUUUCCCCGGCAGCCGGCCUACACGCUGGUAGACGGGGACGAUCGGCCGAGCCUGAACGGGCUGUUGAGGAAGCAGGCCUACUGGACUAACAAGCGUGACAACAGAGAGCUGGAGUCCCAGAACAGUUUACACAGAAUGGAGUACAUCGUAUAGCACCGAGGCCAAAACGUCCCACCUGGAAAAGGUGGAGAAAAAAGGCAACAAACAGAAAGUGGAGGAGUCGGGGGCCGGAAUCUUCUAGAACACUGUCCGAAAGGAUCCGCUCCGGAAUGCGAAGGUUCGUGUUAAAAUGCCGGAACGAAAGGAAAAGAAAAACAAACGAAAACGAAAAUAAAGAAAAGUCCUCGUCGCGAAAUCUGCAGCCGAGACGUGGCGGUUAGCUGGGCCUGACGGACGAUGAUGUGUGCAGUGUGCGGAGGCUUUGUAGGACAUUUUGGGGGGGAAACACAAUUUAAAACCGUGACACCACUUUCGCGUGCUUCAUCUAGUCAUGACUUAUGAGCUACGAACAGGCACUUGGAGCCUCGGAGUUGUUUCAUGGUUCAAUUCCAGCUCGUUUCUGUGUGCUGGUGUUUGCGUCCAACGAGCGUCUGUCAGUGUUUUUCCUGGGAUCACGUCACAGGCGUCUCCAAGCCCCCUUCAUAUGAGAAAACUGUUGGUAAAGAACAGUGUUUUAAAACUGGUCUGAGAUCGGUUUUGGUUUGUGUAAUGGGUUUACGACACUGAGGUCUGUGUAAACGGUCAAGUCUGAGAGAAGGUCCUAUCCUACAUCGUUAGUAAAAAUGCCCCAGAUCCCCAGACCACAUUAACCAUCAGAACUUUAGCAUUAUUUAUUCUCUUUUUAUUGUAGUUGUUUUGGCUUUGUCAGAUUGUUUGCAGGUGGGCAGGUCAAACUUGGUUCAGCAGUCUUUUGCAAUAUGAAGAAUUUAAAUUUUGGUAUAGAAUGGUGUUGCUAUUGUGUAGAUUUUGUAUGUACAUAUUUUUUUAAUUAAUCAUUGUGUAUAUUUGAUUUAUUAACUUAAUAAUCAAAAACAUAUCAUUCCGUUCUCUUUUAUUUAUGUGCUUCGUUUAGAGUCGAAGGUCUGAUGGCUUUGUAA